AUGGCACCCCAAGUCGGUGAUCCCCAGUUCGAGCCUCUAGCUGCUGAUCAGGAAAAGGCACAGACAUUCGAAAAGGACCGGAAUAUCGAUACCACGAAAGCCCCUCUUCGAGUUCGCUUCGCAGAAAAUCCAGAUUUGCAAAGACCUUCACGGUGUCCAACAUCAAGGGCAGCAUCCCUCUUCGUUGGAAACGUCUUGAUACUUUUCUCCGUCGUUAUUGCGUUGGUCCUGGUCGCUGCGCAGUUCGAUCGCUUAUCAUGGGACUAUUGGCGCUCAGAUAUCUUCAAUCCAGGAACCAAUGUGUCAACAUGCGCUACCGACACCCAAUACUUGCUAGGUGUAGGCAAAGGUGACAUUACCGGUCCUGUGGUCGAGAUCAACCUCAUGGGCUAUGCCGAUCCAAUGCAACUGGGCACCGGUCUUCGUCAACGACUUUACUCCCGAGCCUUCAUUAUUGGAGAUAUCGAACGUCCGCAAGACCGGUUCGUUUAUCUGGUCCUCGAUACGCAGUCUGGCGAUACAGCAGUCCGAUAUGGUAUUAUCAAAGCCUUGAAAGAACUAGGUCCCGAAUAUGCCGUUUAUGGCCACCACAACAUCGCCGUGACAGGCACACAUUCCCACGCCGGGCCCGGAGGAUGGCUAAACUACCUACUGCCACAGCUCACGAGCAAAGGUUUCGAUCGCCAGGGAUACCAAGCCAUUGUGGACGGCGCCAUCUUAUCCAUUCGAAAGGCCCACGAGAGCCUACAACCGGGAUACCUUAGCGCGAGUACAACCAAAGUCUUUGGAGCAAACAUCAACCGCAGCUUGUUCUCUUACCUCGCAAAUCCCGAAGCCGAACGCAUGAAAUAUUACCAGAGCGAAGAAGAAGACGGCUCGGUGGAGAAGGAUCUUACCCUGCUGAAGUUCCAGAGGGCAUUGGACGGAAAGAACAUCGGUGUUCUCACAUGGUUUCCUGUUCACGGAACCUCCAUGCUUGGCAACAACACUGUAGUGACUGGAGACAAUAAGGGAGUCGCGGCUUGGCUGUUUGAGAAGAGCGUUCGUGGAGACUCGUCAGCAGCCGAGGACUUUGUGGCCGGCUUCUCCCAGGCUAACAUGGGCGACGUCAGCCCCAAUGUGCUUGGGGCCUGGUGUGAGGAUGACUCCGGUUCACAAUGCAGCUUUAAGAACAGCACUUGCAGCAACGGCAAAUCUCAGGCUUGCCACGGCAGAGGCCCGGAAUUCAUGGCUAACGACGAUGGUGCCAGCUCCUGCUUCGAGAUUGGAAGACGCCAAUUCGAGCCAGCAAAACAGUUAUAUGACCACCUUAUCAACAACCCGUCACCAAUCAGAGGCCCGUGGGUCAAAGCCUUCCACACAUUCCAUGACAUGUCCAACUUCACAUUUGUUCUGCCCGAUGGUAGACGCGCUCGCACUUGCCCAGCGGCGUUGGGAUAUUCCUUUGCCGCAGGGACGACUGAUGGACCGGGCGGGUUUGACUUUAUUCAGCAUGACGGUAACGAGAACACGACAAUGCCUAUCUGGAAGGUUGUUCGGUAUUUCAUCAAGGCACCGGGCGAGGAACAGAAGGCUUGCCAACACCCCAAGCCUGUCCUUUUGGACGUAGGCGAGAUCUUCCGGCCCUACGACUGGAGUCCCAACAUCGUUGAUGUACAAGCCUUCCGUGUUGGACAAUUUGCCAUCGUCGUUAGCCCAGGCGAAGUCACCACCAUGGCUGGCCGUCGGUGGAAAGAGACCGUAGGCAAAAGCUUCAAGAAAAUCCUCGAUCAAGACAUGGAACAGACCUACGGCUACACUGGCGGACCCUCGAGCGAGCCAAUUGUCGUCUUGGGUGGUCCCGCAAACACUUACACGCACUAUAUCACGACCGAAGAGGAGUACCAGAUCCAGCGUUACGAAGGUGCAUCGACACUCUACGGACCCCAUACACUCAACGCUUACAUCAACGUGACGCUGUCAUUCCUCCCGUACCUCUCUUCCGAAUCGACUAGUCCACCGGUCCACGACGAGAAGUCAAUGCCGCCUGACAACACGAACCGAUCCCUGUCUUUCAUCCCUGCGGUGAUCCGUGACGCACCGCCGCUCUUCAAAAACUUUGGAGACGUUCUUGUAGACGUUGACUCGACGCAGGGGUAUCACAGGGGAGACACGAUCCGCGCGGUGUUCGUCGGUGCCAACCCCAGGAACAACCUCAGGCUGGAGGGGACGUACGCGGCAGUGGAGAAGUUGUUUGUCGACCAGGCGAACCCCCAAAAGUCUGAGUGGCGGACCGUCAGAGACGACCAAGAUUGGAGCUUGAUUUACAGCUGGAAGAGGAAGAACAGCGUCUUGGGAACGAGCGAGGUGGAGAUUACGUGGGAGACUGGGGAAGAGACUGAUGAGUGGUGGGAUAAGGAACUGGGGCCGGGAGUGUAUCGACUCAAGUACUAUGGUGAUAGCAAGAGCUUGUUUGGGGGGAAGAUCCAGGAGUUUGAGGGUGUUAGCGGAGCGUUUACCUUGGUAUGA